CCUCGUUGUUUCAGGGACAACUGAGACGUCCACGAAGUCCUUUGAGAGAUCGAGACUUGGUCGUCGCAAAUAUACGGAAUACAUCUCCAUUGAAGAACACAGAACUUGAAUCGCAACAUCGCCAUGUUUUCCGCAAUCGGCAGAGCAGCAAUUGGGAGGAUUAGGGGAGGUAGAUCAACAGCACGCGUCCCGCAACAGAUCCAGCGCGUCCAGAUCACCCAGAGUGGAAAGAAUGCGCUACAAUCGGAUUUUCAUAGACGCGCUCUUGUCAUUCUCUCCAGCAAGCGUCUUUACAGCGCUUCUACCACCAAGCCGACCAAGCCAGCUUCAGAUAAGCCAGCUAAGAAACGCGCCUCUACCACUACCAAGAAGGCCGUGAAGAAACCGGCAGCGAAGAAGGCGAAGAAGGUGCUGACCGGGAAGCAGCAAGAGAAGAAGGAGGCGGAUGCUAUUAAGGUGAAGAUACAGGCACAGAAGAAGAAGGAGGCGGAUGCUAUUAAGGUGAAGGUACAGGCACAGAGGAAGAAGGAUAGGAAGGUCGUGGAGGAUGAGAAAGCCAAAAUUCGAGAGCUAAAGGCCAAGGUCUUGACUCCACCAAAGAAGCUCCCUGCUACGGCCUGGACAGUAUUGAACUCAGAGUCCGUCUCGCAGCACCCGGGGCUUCCAAUGGCAGACUUGGUCAAAGAUUCGUCCGCCAGAUACAAGACUCUAGAUCCAUCUACACGAGAGACCUAUAACCAAAAAGCCAACGCAAAUAAGGCCACAAAUGAUGCAAGCUACGAAUCCUGGCUGGCAUCCCUAUCCCCACAACAGAUAUACGACUCAAACCAUGCCCAGCAACGUUUAAAGCACCUUGGCUUGAUAAAACAAGGAAAGCAUCUGAAGAUCGAUGACCCCAGAAUCCCCAAGAGACCUUUGCCCGCAUACAUACAUUUUGUCAAGGAGAGAUACGCCAGCGGCGACUUCAAGGGAAUCUCUCCAGUCGAGGCAGCGAAGGUUCUGACCCAGGAGUACAAGGCCCUGUCAGAAUCUGAGAAGAAGUUGUAUGAGGACCUCGCUGUGGCAGAGCGCGAAAGAUAUGCCAAGGAGAUGACCAGCACUUUCGGGACAACCAGGCCAGUCGCAUCAUCCGUCUCGUCGUAAAUAUGUGAAUAUUGUUGAAAGUUAGCUUUGCGAUGCACUUCUCCUUUGGCCCUAUGUCGAUGUAUAAUUUUUAUCCCUUAUGGUAUACAAUUCCGGAGCCAUCCGUGGCGGAAGCGGUUUGUGCUGUAGAUGCGAGACGCUUGCAAUCUCACCAGGCGGAUUGGCUCUUUGCUGGGUUCUGGCGAUACGAUUAGUGGCUUUGUACGAUGCUAUUCUCCUUUCUUUCUCUAUGGGAUGAGAGGGGAAGGGGUUGGGUGGAAGGUGCGGGGGCUUUCGUCUUUUAUGGGAAUAAUUAUAUCAGAAUCAAGAGUUCUACAUGUUGACUUGAAGCGCUUGGUCUUGUGAGUAGCGUUUUUUGCGGAAUGGAGUAUCUCCUUGGACAACUAUUAAACCUGAUGCCAGCGUGGUGCAGGAUUAAUUGAUAUAAAAGGAGCUUCGAAACUAUUGAGCGAACACAUUAAUUUCGUGGCCAUACAUGCGUUUCAAGACGUUAAAACACCUCUACUUGAGGUGUAUUUACAUUCAACAAUGG